UGUGUGCUUCCAUACGCGAUCCAUCAAUUGCAGCUCCAACAACCGGACAGCAGCUCAAUGGGCGCUGCUGAUCUUGUGACACACUCUUCAUGGCUAUGACGGACCUAGAUGAGGAUCAAUCGGAUCUCUUCGCCAUCCCCGAUUUUUGGCGGUCGUCAAGCUGGCUGGACCAAAAAGUCAAAGGAGACAACCCCCUGUUUACCUUCAGCUUACAAGACGCCGCCUGCCUGGACGGAUCUCAGAGUCUCGUCACACCCACGGAGGUAGCAGUGCGUAAGAGUGUCGAUGACAAUGGCGACGUGUUUUUCAAGCUGCCCUCUUUGCUGAGGGAGCUAGCCGAGCCGGAAGGGAAGCUACACACGCCAAGUAGCAAGGCCCCGUCGCAGCACGUCGAAGCUGAACGUGAGCCUGAGACUUCAGACACACUGUCUGCAGACGACGAAGACCUUUGGCUCUCUCCUAUCAAGAACGCUAGGCUAUCAUCUAGGUAUCGGACCUGGGAGGACUUCGAGCAAGAAGAUCCAGGGCUAUGCCCGCCACUGUUUUUCACUGAGGCCGGGCCUGCUGCAUUCGAUGCCCUCUUAGCAUCUAACCAAGCCCGCGACAACGCAGCCCCCGAUAUUCUUGAAGCUAGGGUUUAUUGCGCAUGCUUGCUUUCUCUCGCCCUGGGACGGAGCUCCAUCCUCUUUUCGUGGAAUCCCGAGCGGGAAUUGUUCAUCAAGACAGCGCCUGCCCUCAGGGUCUCCGGGUUGUCUUUGGAUUCUAUUAAAGCUAUCGAUAGGCUUUGCCUCGACUGCGGGAAUUCGGCCAGGCAUCUCCAGGCAUACGCUGAUGCGGCAUACUCUGUGGCGGCGAGUCCCACGAGGGUCGCUCUCGCAGGAGUCGUCGACCGGCUCGUGACAGUCGUCCAAUCCGAGCUCAACAACCACAGCCGCGACGUGAGGUCGAUCCUCCAGCUGCAAUCCAUCGUCCAGCCGGCUUUCUCAGUGCUGUGCUACUUCAGAAGCCUCGUUAAGAAGCUCUCCCAACAAGAGUCCGAUGAAGGGAUCCUAUCAUGUCUGUUUCAGGAAGCCCGAGCUUCAGAGUAUCAGGAUGAGCUCCUGAGAGAGGUUACACGAGAAGUGCUGCGAGUUCUAUCCAAGCCGUGGACCGAUUUCGUCGAAGAAUGGAUCGGCCUUAAAGCCGAAGAGGGCGUCCCCGUGACAAAGACCGGGCCUGGCAAAGGCUUCGUCAAGGUCGCGGACAAGAUGUGGGUUGAUGAUCAAGGGUUCGAGCUUGAGGAGGCCGACUACUUUCUCGAUGAGGACAAAUUGCCAAUCUUUAUCCCGGAAGAAAUGGGCCAGAAGGUGUUUGAGACCGGUCGGAAUCUCCGGUUCCUGCGCGAGUAUCACCCAGAGCACCCGCUCUCUAGGCCAGAGGUAGUGUCCCUGGCCAUGCCGCCGAAACUGGAAUGGGAAUUUGUCUGGGCUAGCAUAUCGAAGCUCGAGGCUAGGGUGAACGAAUAUCGGAACGCAGUGUCGCGUGCGAUUCAAGGCCUGCGUCCCAAACCACAUCGAGGCAAGUCCGUAUCGCCAGGCGCCAACAAGCGGAAAUAUAGCGAUAUGGAGCUCGAGUACUUUGGGAAACCCGAGGCCCAGAUGGAAGCAAACAUCAUCGCUUCGAUACACUACCUCGACCAACCCCCCGAAAACCGUGGGCCGCAGAAUGAGCUCGCUCGGCUUCUCGAGGAUAGGCUCUACCGCACCACAGACAAACCAUUGGAGUCUGGCAAGCUCUCCCCUCACUGGGCGUUAGUUCCCUUACUGUCUUUUGGCCCUGUCAUCGAAGCCCAGUCCAAUCUAGUAAAUCAGGAAUGCAUGAAGCUACUAUUUCGCUCCCACGACCUUCGAACCCAUAUCGACCUGCUCAAACAAUACUUCUUGCUAGGGAAUGGUUUGCUCUGCAGCCGUCUUUCACAUGCUCUGUUUGACCCGAACCUUAGCACCGCCGAACGCCGAGCCGGCGUCGCCCUGGGCGGCGGCAUGAUGGGUCUCCGGCUCGGAGGCAGACAGACGUGGCCACCCGCCAGCUCAGAGCUCCGCCUUGCCCUGAUGGGUGUGCUAUCCGAGUGCUACGAAGCCCCUUACGCAGCAGCCGCGGGCCAAACCGCCCCAUUACGCGGCACUAAAUCCGACCUCCCGGGAGACCUCAGCUUCACCGUGCGCGAGCUUUCCCAGGAGGAGAUUGACCGCUGCAUGGACCCGGACUCGCUCGAGGCGCUCGACUUCCUCCGCCUCUCAUACAAACCACCUGCGCCGCUCCGGCCCGUCAUGGCCCCUACCGUCCUCCUGAAGUACGACCGCGUCUUCAAGUUGCUCUUGCGCGUCCUGAGAAUGCUCUACGUCGCCAACGAACUCUUCGCCACCGCAAGCAAGAUGGCAGAAGAAAGCAACGCGUCCCUCCGCUUCCGCAUCGAGGCCCGCCACUUCAUCCGGCAGGUCGCGUCGUACUUCUUCGACGUGGGCAUCACCGCGCCCUGGCGGCGGUUCGAGGCCUGGCUGGACAGGGUCGAGGCCGAGUCCGCUGCUGAUGAGCCCAGCGAGCUUGUCGCUGGGACGAGGGGUAGUGCUAAUGCAAAUAAAAAGGCAUGCAGCCCCGACUCACUACGCGAGAAGCAGGAGCAGGUCCUGGACGAGAUCAUGAGUGUAUUGCUCCUGCGGAAGCGGCAGGCGCCGGUGCUGCGCCUGUUGGAGGAGACGUUUGCGGUCGUCUUGCGGUUUGCGAAGGGGUUGGGCCGGAAGCGCCGUGCGGAAGGCGGCAGUGCGGAGACGCCGGAGGAGUUGUAUCGGUUGUUCAGGAAGAAGGUCGAGGUUUUUGUUACUGUUUGUAGGGGACUCGGGGAGAAGAUGGGCACCGGUACCACCAAUUCGGGGGUAGGAGGGGGAGGAGGGAAUUCGGCCGAGCACCUGUUGGUUAAGUUGGAUAUGUCGGGCUAUUACGGGAAGAGGAGUGGUAUGUGAUUCUAUGAGGCGAUGGCGCCGUAAAGAGAUAGAGUCAUACCUAUGCGGGAUACCCCGGGAGAUUGAGUUAUUCUACGUCGCGUGAUGUUACCUUGGAGUAUUGGAUGGGGUUUUCUAUCGAGGUGGCAGAAGUAUACGUGUCUGGAAGUCUGUAUGAAGAUCAAUAAUCUCAGAGGGUGAGCUUGCAUGUUAAAGCUCUGCGUCCGGCAAAGAGGAGCGGACGAAGGAAACCAGAGCGGUACAGAACGAUAAGCAGCGAGGUGAGGGUGAGACUCUGGCUUGGGGAUAUCUUGAACCGUUUCAACGAGACAACCCGGAUAGUGUUGGUUGGAUACGGUCAUUGCCUGUCUAGACAACUGAGCUGCCCCAGCAUAGGUCUAUCAACAGUGUAGCCUCGAAACCUGGCGUGGUUAUCGGCCCUGGACUUAUCUGUUAGACUUGAAGAGGACUACUACACCCCUCAAUCCACCCAAUCGACCAGAUUGGACAGAGG